AUGGCGUCUAGUCUUGCGGCACAGCUAGCACAGGGCGCAUCUCUGAAUGCUGCCCUCCUCAACACAUCUCGUCGGAGGCCGACCGAGUCUUACCUCUUCUCUGCGAAAGAGGCGCAACAGCACGACCUUGAUGCCAUCUUCGCUCUUGGGACCAAUGGAUUUGCACAGUUGAAGCGCUGGACCCCAAGGCUUGUUUCGGACACUGCCAAAGGCACGGACAGGACGCUACUACCUGCGGAUGCGAAUGCAGAACUGAACAAGCAAAUUACCUCAUUUCUGCCGCUCCUUGGGCAAUAUCUCUUGGAGGCUCCUACUGGAAGGGUCGUAGAAUGGCUUGUGCGGAGAUUCAGGAUUAACGAGUUCAACGUUGACGAUAUUCUCGCUCUAUUUUUGCCGUACCAUGAGUCUCCUCACUUCGAGAAAAUCGAUACGUCUACAUUCCGCUUCUUGCAGGCUUAUAAGUCCACAGCAAAGCCUCUUCCUCGUUCCGGACUCGUCGCUGAGAUGCUCAAGAACCCCGACUUGGCGCGAUUCAUCGCAAUCUACUCCCCAGCAAACUCAGAAACGGCUUUGAUGAUCUUCCACACUGGUGUACUGCUUGACUUCAUCGCAAGGAGCCAAGAUCUAAAUGAAGGGACCACUGCAUUCUUGUUGGCGGCGUCUUUGACAUAUUGCAAGUCGAGCCAAACCAUCCUCAAUGCCAUCGCAUCAUGUGCGGAAAGAAUAUCAGCUAAACAGCUCGUGCGCACAUUAGCCUGUCUAUGCGGUCCGCAAGAUGAGUUGGAAAAACUGCCACGUGCUCUAGUGACUGCGAUGUUGAAGAAAGCGGACAUCGACACAGAGCUCAGAGAAUCCCUGACGUAUGUCGGCUCGGAAAAGCUGAUUUGCCCUUGGAUUGCAGCUCUCAUCUCAAAGCUAGAGAAGGAGCGGUGCUACGAUGCCCUUAAUCUCGUUUCUGUGGAAGAUCCCUCUAUGAAUGGUGUCGUCAACGCCCGAAGGGCGCUCUCUAUCUUCCAGCUGCAUCACCCACGCAUCGUCGAAAGCGUAUGCGAGGAGGCCAUGAAGGAAGAGGACAAGCGAGAGGCUGUUGAGCAGAUUGUUCUGUCUCUGGCGAUGAUCACUCCUGGCCAUGCGAAAGCCGGAAAGGCAGAUGCAGACAUGGUCAUUGCAUCUCUGAGUGCAGACGCCAACGUGCGUGCUGUUGCAGUGAGAGAGCUUUGCGACAAGCUCGCAAGCGAGUCGACUGCAUCCGCCGACAGGGAUGCUGCCAAGGAUGUCUUGCGUAGCCGCGUCCUCGACACCGCUCCUGCUCCUUCCCGCCCUGCUGGAAGAUCCCUCUCCUAUAUCUCCUCGCUCUCCUCCGCUCUGCACGCCCCUAGGGCUAACCACUCGCGCUCCCUCAUGCGCCUGCACCUCGCUUCGUUGCCACCCACUUCUAUCCCGCUUGUACCGCAAAUCAUGCUGGCAGAACGCGCAGUGUACGAUGUGAUAGAGGGUGCAGAAGGCGAGAACGGCCUCGCCCGUUACGAGCUUCUAGGCGGAUGUGUCGAUGCGCUGAGGUGGGAGCACAACAGGGCGGCGGCAAGGCUGGCGAGGAGAUCAAUGAAGACGAAGGCUACAAGGGCACGGAGAAGUUGGCGAAAGCGAACCUUGCCGUCACUGCAAAGAUGGCCGAGCGUUACAGACAACAUACUGGCGUCGAACAACUACUCGCAUCUGUUGGGACUCCUGCUGGGAAAGCUACAAGACGCGAAUGCUCACGCACGUGCCCUCGCUUACCUUACAGCUCGAGCGUUGCUUUCGCGUCUCUCUGGGGAGCAUCAGAUCGAUGCAGCACAUGCCAUCCUCCGAGCAACUGGCUUGGAGACCUUGGAGGGAAUGGGCGAGUUUAUGCGGGGAGUGAACGACUUGACAGCGUGUGGCGACGGCGGUCGUCCUAAAGCCCAGCAGCCAACCACUCUGCAACGCCUUCAGGUGUCCGUCUUGGCCAUGAUGCCGAUGAUACCUCGUCCCGUUGGUCUCCUCCGCGCUGUCUACAUUCUCAGCAAUUCCUCCGCCUCCCUGCCUGUAUUGUCUCUGCACCUUCUCCGAGUGCUCUUCGUCAACCUCGGAGAUGAGUCACUCGGUUUCCUCGCUGGAAUCUGGCUAAGCCCUCUCAAUCGGCGAAGGGGAGCGAUGUCGACCACUUACGCACCGCCGCGCUUCACCAUGCCGCCGCACGUUCUCCCUGCCGUGCUCGUGGCUUUGCAAAGCCCCGAACGCCGUGUCCGCGAAGCCGCUGUGACAUGCAUACGAAAUGAGCCUUCUGCGAUAUACGCCUAUGACGCUAUCUACGGACCCACGUCUAAUCUCCUUCAAUAUGCGGAGUGGACAGACUUCGGCAAGUAUGUCGCUGCGCUGGGAUCAGUUGGCGAGCAUAUGAGGCAUGACCCUGCAUAUCUCCGAGAGUUCCACCAGGAGCACCUCAGCGUCGUCAAGGGUGAGGGGAAGAAAGUCGCGAGUUACAAACAUCGCAUUGUGUUCUACCUGCUGUCGCAUGUUAAUGCCUGUCCGAUGUCGAACGCGAAGCUGUCGCUUCUGCAAAGUCUCGAGACAACCGCCAGUGAUAGCAAGUGCCAGGCGCUGAAGCCUACGCUCGAACACCUAUCGGAAGCAGUGUCAAUCGCAACGGAAGGCAUAGACAACGAUACCGAGGAGUUCCUCAUACUCACGACAUCCUCCUUCGACUCUUCGGCAGUCACUGAACUCAACGACACCAGCAAGUCGACGUGGUCCAUCUUUGAAAAGUGUCUACGCACUUGUCUCCUCAACCGCAAUCUGAAGGCUGCAAGGGUAGCCAUCAUCCGCAAUGUCCAGCAACUGGUUCGAAAACAACUUUGUCAGCUUCUGCUAGAUAUAGCCGGACAGUCCGGUAGUGCGGUGUCCGAUUGCAAGUUGCUCUUGGCUAGCAUCUUAGACGAUGUUCCGAUUAUCACGCGCCUACUUGUCCUCCUCCAGCCCGCUGUGGUUGACGCUGCCGAACGUGCACAGAAGAGAGCCAGAAUGGACCCACCAGCUGCCCGUGCUACUGACAACAAAGGACAGUCAUUGACACUAAUGGCGGAGGUUCUCGGCUCAAAGAGCCUGCCGGGCUCCUCAGACCUCAGUUGUCACGAUUCCUCGGCCGUUCCCGCUGAUAAAACGUAUCUCGAACAACUUCUCAUGACUGCCUGGAGAGGCAAUGUGCAAGCCGGUAGUAUACGUGUCGACAUCCUCAUUGAGUUGAUCAGAGCUGCCGAUAAUCCACAGACGUUCCACCAAGCUCUCCUCUUGAUCGCUGCUAUGGCGCUCUUCACAUUCAUGGGUCGAACCUUCCGCGUUGUGCAGAAGACCAUAGACAGUAUUGUUCCGGUAAUGGUCGCGUCACUGCGAAGCAGCAACGACCUUCGUUUGGAUCUGUACACGGCUUCCCGCGACUUCUUGCUUAUAUUCACUGAUGCAUCGAACCACAUCCCUCGCCACCGUCGGGCGAAAUUCUAUUCUCAUCUCGUCGAUAUCCUCGGUCCAGACGAAUUCUUGGCUCCUGUCUGCAUGCUACUAGUCGAUAAGGUCUCCAAACGCGUUGUUCGGCAGGACAUCCGUGAUGCCCGUACUUCGCUUUCUCUGCCCAUCGCCACGUUCCAGAAUUAUAGUAUAACGAGGAAGAUGGAGCUGCUAGUCGAAGUCGCUCGCGAAGCUGAACACCUAUUGGCAACAACAUCAGCAACGACAUCAGGCAAGCUGCAGAGCUCAGAAGGCCAGACACCGUCAGAACUUCUCUCCAUGUUGUUGAAGGUGACUAUGGCGGGAACACUGAAGAUCAUGGCAGCAACCGACUUCCUGGGUGGUGUGGUGAAGAUAUUACAGUCACCGGAUUCUCAGAUACAACUGGGUGUUCUGGAUCUCCUGAAAGACCGAGUCAGAGACAUAGCAGAUCAAACACGUCGAGGCUUGACACAGAUAAUGCAGGACGUCAUCGAGGCUAUCCGUGAUAUCCUAUCCGGAAGGUCGGGGGAAUCCCUUGUAGUCGCGGCUUUACAAUCCUUGGGAGGCAUCCUACUCAACUUGUUGGCUACUCUCAUACCGCUUGUACUUGCCCGUGUACGCGCAAAAGCAACUACGUCUGCGGCAUUUGCGGUGCUCCUACCGAUGUGUUCCCAUUUAGGUCCACGCAUAAUACCCCAUCUCAAGCGAAUCGUUCAGGAGUGUACUCAAGUCCUUCAUCCCGACGCCGCAUCAAGUAUGUAUACUACUGCUUUAGACGUUCUUCAGAGUCUGCUGACUGCGGUCCCUACAUUUUGGGGCGAAACCGAGUUCUACAAGUUGGGCAAAUACGCUGGUUUCUUUAUCCUUUUGAAACGAAGCCUUCGGGCAGCAGAGCGCCCCAUAGUCCUCGAGUACCUACGGACGUUGUUCAACACAUUCCAACAGCAUUUGAUCGAAUCCGCAGUAGUGACAUCAUUCCUUGAGCUAGUUGUCAAGCUCAACGAGACGGCAUUCCGACCUCUUUUCCGCAAGCUCUCGGACUGGGCAUUCACUGUUCAAGGAUUUACUUUCUGUCAUAUCUAUGCCGCUCUACUGGACUAUUUCAAGGUCAACCUUGAUGGUGCCUAUAUGUCGUUCAUCUGGAGUCCAUUCCUCAAGCUCCUUAGCGAUCACUCCACCAGUGUUACGCGUCACCCAGACUCAUGGACCGCCACUCUCAUAGUGAUAUCCAAGACACUGGCGUUCGACGAAGGAGUUGCUGCUCUCGUCAAGCAAAUCCCAGUCUGCGUCCAACUGCGCGCGCCCGAGGGCCGAACAGCGCUCCUCGACUGCCUGGUCGCCGCUAUGGAAGUAGUGAACGACGAUGCUUUACUGAAGGCAAUGAACAUCGACAUACUGAUGCACACCCGAUCGGAGGAGGCAUCAUUGCGACUGUUCAGCCUGUCCUGCAGCACUGGACUCUGGAAGGCGCACGGCGGAAAAUUGUUAGGCCUUGUCGCUGAGACUACCACAUUCAUCACCGAGUGCGCGGAGGAUGAUAAUGAUAGCGUUGUUCGCGAAGCACACAAUCUGAAGGAUGCUGUGGAAGCUGUGGCCGGCAAAGUUGAUGUAUAG